AUGGCAUUGUAUUUUCAUGAGUUUGUCUUAUUUGACGACAAUGGCUAUGUCGGUAACCCGUGUGACUAUGUGAUCUGUCGAAAUGGCGGUACGUGCGUUACACACAGCUCAAGUACAUCACCGCUGGGGUACAUAUGCAAGUGUCAGGGUUGCUACACAGGAACAUAUUGUGAGACAUAUAAAAACCCUUGCAGCGGUGUUGUAUGCAAAAAUUAUGGUACUUGUGAACUGACGACAUCCAAUGGCCAGUGUGGAUACAAGUGUAAAUGUCCAGCGUGCUAUUAUGGAACAUACUGUGAAAAUCAUCAAAACCCUUGUAGCGGUGUUGUAUGCAAAAAUUAUGGUACUUGUGAGCUGACAACGUCCAAUGGCCAGUGUGGAUACAAGUGUAAAUGUCCAGCGUGCUAUUACGGAAAAUACUGUGAAAAUUAUCAAAACCCUUGUAGCGGUGUUGUAUGCAAAAAUUAUGGUACUUGUGAACUGUCGACAUCCAAUGGCCAGUGUGGAUACAAGUAUAAAAACCCUUGUAGCGGUGUUGUAUGCAAAAAUUAUGGUACUUGUGAACUGACGACGUCCAAUGGCCAGUGUGGAUACAAGUGUAAAUGUCCAGCGUGCUAUUACGGAACAUACUGUGAAAAUUAUAAAAACCCUUGUAGCGGUGUUGUAUGCAAAAAUUAUGGUACUUGUGAACUGACGACAUCCAAUGGCCAGUGUGGAUACAAGUGUAAAUGUCCAGCGUGCUAUUACGGAACAUACUGUGAAAAUUAUAAAAACCCUUGUAGUGGAGUUGUAUGCAAAAAUUAUGGUACUUGUGAACUGACAACGUCCAAUAGCCAGUGUGGAUACAAGUGUAAAUGUCCAGCGUGCUAUUACGGAAAAUACUGUGAAAAUUAUCAAAACCCUUGUAGCGGUGUUGUAUGCAAAAAUUAUGGUACUUGUGAACUGUCGACAUCCAAUGGCCAGUGUGGAUACAAGUAUCAAGUUGAAUCGUUAGAUAUUUAA